AGUGUUGGACUAUUUUCAAGUUUCAUGCACACUUCCUUCUUAAACUUCUCAGAAGUCUGUCGAUCUUUUUAGAGAGGGAGAUAUGGGUCUGUUAUCUGUUCUGCUUCUGGUCUUGGUUUCAGUCCGGUUGUGCUGGGCUCAGGAUGAUCCUCUUCUUCCCUUCUCUGAACACCUGGAUCCCGAGCACAAGGUACGACUGAGGUGGGGAUUCGAUGAGGUCCGGGACACCAUCUUAUUCGAGCUCACCGUCAACACCAGUGGUUGGGUCGGUUUUGGCUUCAGCCCCAAAGGAGGAAUGAACAAAGCUGAUAUUGUCCUUGGAGGAGUUGGACAGAACGGCACUUUUUUUACGGACUAUCAUGCUGUGGGUAAUUCAAUGCCUGUGGUUGACAAGCAACAAGACUACAAACUCUUGUCUCUAACCCAGUCUGAUGGACAAACAGUCAUGAAGUUUCAGAGGUCCAUCAAGUCCUGUGAUGAAAAUGAUUUACCCAUAACUACUAAUCCCAUUAAGCUCAUCUAUGCGUACGGACUGACUGCUGACAUCAAGUACCACAGUAAUCGAAGGGGCACAAAGGAGGUGAACCUGUUGAGAUACAUGCCUAAGGUCACCCCUACAGACAGCAAGUUUUUCGACAUGGUCAUGGUCAAUUUCACGGUGCCAGCCGAGCAAACUCACUAUCACUGCAAGAUCAUGAGAACUCCAGAUUUCGAUCAGAAGCAUCACAUUUAUCGGAUUGAACCGUUGAUCCAAAACGUGGAUCUUGUGCAUCACCUCCUGCUGUAUCGCUGCCCGCCGGGUGUGACAGAAGUCUAUGAAUCACAAUGUUACACAGAAAUGAGUAAUGAACAAUGUAUGGAGGUCGUGGCGGUGUGGGGAAUUGGCGGAGGGGCUUUUGAACUUCCUGAAGUGGCGGGUCUUCCAAUUGGAGGAAAUGAUGGCGACGUUCUCUACAGGCUUGAAGUGCAUUACAACAACCCAAAUAAAAACACAGGUCGAGUUGAUCACUCAGGUCUACGUUUCUUCUACACAUCUGAACUCCGUCCGCACGAUGCAGCCGCACUCACCACAGGGCUAGCGGUCGGCCCCUUAUACGUCAUCCCACCCCGGGCAAAGACUUUCCACACGUAUGGCCUGUGUGACACUACUCAUUUUCCAAAGGUUCUUUCUGAGACUCCGCAAGAUCUUCAGGUGUUCUCUGUAUUGUUACACACACAUUUGGCUGGACGGAAGGUGCGAGUCGGCCACUUCAGGGAUGGAAAACAGAUUGAUCUUCUAGCUCAGGAUGAACAUUACAAUUUUGAAUACCAGGAGGCGACUAACCUGGGAAAAAUUAAGACGGUGAAGUUGGGUGACACAUUACUGGUGCAGUGUACCUAUAAUACAGAAAACCGCACAGGACUCACAUUGGGGGGUCUCUCGACUUCAGAUGAAAUGUGCUUGGCGUUCCUCUACUACUAUCCCGCUAUGAAUCUGAGUGGUUGUUUGAGCAUCCCUGAUUCGAACGAUUUGAAAGCGGAAAUGGGGGCAAUAGAUGACAGGACCUGGAUCACUAUGAUGUUAUCAAAGACAUGGAAUGACACGUCUGUCUAUGAAUACCAACAAACGCUAAAGGGGAUCAAUCAGAUACUCAUAGUUUCUAAUUCAAAUCAGAAUGCGUCAUACAACAUUGGACUGAUUCCUGACCUCAGAGUCACUUAUUCUUCACCCUGUAACGAGUCAUUCAACAUGGGACUGAUUCCUAAUCUCGGAGUCAAUCAUUCUGCACCUGGUGUAAGUGGCUCUACCACUGAACGUCUUGCUUGGAUGUCGCUGCUUCUCUGCUUGGCGGUGCAAUGGAUCUCUUCAUGAUUUUUUGUAUUUAGCUACAUAUUUUGGCAACUUCAACCUCACUUACUCCUGCAGUCUGUAAAAAUCUUUAACUCAAACUUUUUAAAUGUAAAUGAUGACAGAUUUUUUUUCAUUUGGGUAUACUAUCCCUUUAACAAAACAUAAUAUGAUUGAGAUUUACUGCAGGCUUUUCAUUUACAAUAAGCAUACAGUGUAGCAAAAUUGGGGCAAUAUGAAGAAAAUCAGGUCAGGCUGUAGCCUAUAUGCAAUGUGCUUUAGUGGUUUUUGAUGAUAAAUGCUUUAUCUAAUUUUAUCUUUGGCUUUUUACAAAAGUUCACGUCUUACAUUUUACUAUCAACUGUUUAAAAUAAAAAAAAAACACUGGUGAAAACA